GUGGAGAUAACUUCCGGGUGCACGAAAUAAAUAACAUUUCUUAUUCGGUAGAAAGCUUAGAGGUGAUCGUGUGGUUUCUAUUAAGGGUGAAGCUGGGUGCACAGUGCGCAUGCGCUAAUCGAUCAGGGUCCGGCGAGAUCCUGGGGGCAGGGAGGCUUAGUGAGUGUGUGCUGGGGGCUCCACCAUGCUGUACAGGAUGGAGAUAAUGGUGCCAUGUUGUUGGGAUUAGUCUGAAGAGCUGAGUGAGCUGUCAGUACAGUGACACAGCUGUAUACAGCCAGGCCUGUAUAGAUUGUAUAGGCAUAGCCCCCAGAUCUACUCAUCUGUCAUCUCCAGGUAGGUUAGAGAUGGUGCAGCUGUUAUCUAUGGUGUGGCGGAAGAUCCUGCGCAAGAGGUGGGUGCUGGGCAUUGUGUUCGGCCUGUCCCUUAUCUACUUUCUCACCAGCACCUUCAAACAGGAAGAGAAGACAAUAAGGGACAGAACCCUUCUCCAGACCAGAGAACAGGAGCAAAACAUUCACUGGAAAAUUCAGUUUAAUCUUGGAAACAGCAGCAGACUUGGUAACCAGUGCCGAAACUCUGUGCAGGGGAAACUCCUCAUUACAGAUGAUGUAGGUUAUGUAUGUGAACGUAAAGAACUGCUUGCAAAUGGAUGCUGCAAUAACAAUGUGGCCAGUACUAGGCAAUAUAACUGUGAGAGCUGUCUACCCAACGGAUGCUGCAGUGUGUACGAGUACUGUGUGUCUUGCUGCUUACAGCCCAAUAAGCAACAUAUAUUGGAACGUUUUUUAAAAAGAGCAGCAGUAGGGUUCCAGAAUUUAUUCAUGGCAGUAGAAGACCACUUUGAGCUCUGCUUGGCCAAAUGUCGGACAUCUUCACAGAGUGUACAACAUGAAAAUACCUACAGGAAUCCAAUCGCCAAGUUUUGCUAUGGAGAAAACCCUCCAGAACUUCUUCCCAUGUGACCACGCCUGUGAUAACUACCUAGCAGUAGACCUAUGGUUAAAGGCAAUGCAACAAUAUCGAUCUGGUGUUCAGGACUUAUGUUACACAAGACUACGGGUACCACACAUAUGCUGACUGACAUGGAAAAUCUACAGUAAAGUCCUUUUUUCUUUUUAUAGUUGUCAUUCGAGAAAAAUGUGAGUUUCAACUAUGUUUUCAUUUUGGUAUGCACCAAGUGCAGCAUAUAAUCCACAGGGCUGUAAAGAGAGCCUCUAUCAGAAAGACACUGGGGCACAUUUAUUAGAACUGUCAUAUUGCUAAACAUUUUUACCCUGCCAUAGGGUUCUUUCCAUUGGUGUGCUACUACAGAAUACAAGAAUUUUAGAAAUGGGCUGUCCUGACAUGCAAGGGAUCGGUCGACAAGUCUGCAAAGUAGAAAAUGGAACUCUGAACUGAAAACUGAGUCUUAAAGGAGUACUCCGAGAUGCCAAAUGUUUUUAAAACUUUCCUAGGCUGCUGGCAUUUAAAAAAAAAAAACUGUACAUACCUGCCGUGGCUCCCCCGGUGCCUACAAUAACCUGCUCCGACCUCUGCAGCAAUCCACUUCCUGGUUGCUGGUAGUCAGAACGUCACACUGCAACUUAGCUAUUCACAAUGCAGCCUGGGGAAGUUUUAAACUUGGUACUGGGUACUGGAGUACACCUUUUGAUAAAAAUAUGCAACCCUUUAAGUGGGCACUGUCAGAUAUAAAAACUUUAUAUGUUGUACAUCUUGGCAA